GUUUAGUUAAAAACAAAGUUAUUGAUCCCGAUUCCUUUAGCCGGCACCAAUUUUAUUAAAUAUUUAUUGAAAUGCGAUUAAACAUCGAAGUGGUCAUAUAAAUAAAUAAAAAAUGUCUUUUGCUAUUCUUUGUUCGUUUGUACUUGCUUUUUAUGUGGUUAUAUGGUUCUUUGAUUCUGUAUUUAAGAGUUGUAUGCAUUACCCAUACUAUGCAUUUUUAGAGGGAACAGGGUUGAAAGUUGGAAUUUUAAAUUUUACUUGGACAACCACUGCAUUUAAUAGAUGCAUCUACAGAUGGAGUAAGAACCUUGCACGUGUUUUAAGAAAAUGGUUCACGGUUGGAUAUUACAUAGCAGUUGGAUUGUUUCUUCCCUUUGUAGUAUGGACUCUAAUAUCCUUUAUUAUUGAGCAUUUUCAUGAAACAAUUCAAAUAAAUGGUGUGCCAGAGAUCAAAGCUAUAUUACCUGGUGUAAAUGUUCCCGCAUCUGACUUUUGGAUAUAUUUCCUUGCUAUUGCAUUAAGUUCAAUUUUCCAUGAACUCGGACAUGCAAUGGCCGCUGCACAUGAAGAUGUACAAGUUAUUGCAGUUGGUGUAUAUAUAUUCACCAUAAUACCAAUAGCAUUUGUCCAACUAAAUACAGAACAUUUAAAUAGCCUUCCCAUUCUAAAAAGGCUUAAAAUUUACUGUGCAGGUGUCUGGCAUAACUUAGCUUUGGCAAUAUUUGCUAUGAUGCUAUUUUUUGCCGCACCAGUAUUAUUCAGUAUUGCUUAUGAAACAGAUAUUGGAGUAAGGGUCACUGACUUCACAUCUGAUUCCCCAUUGAAGGAUGCUAGAGGACUUGACAAGGAUGAUGUGAUAAAGGCUAUUAACGCCUGCAACAUUAAAGACUCUUAUGACUGGUCAUAUUGUUUGCAUGUUGCCCAUGACAGAUUUGGAGUAUGCACCAGUGCAGAAUUCAUAUCACAGAAUGAUGAAAUAAUGAUGGAAACCGUCAAAGAGAAUGGAGUGGUUGAAUGUUGUCGGAAGGAUGAUCUAUACAGUUUCUGCUUUGAAUAUAUGGAACCUAAGAUGGUUGUUGAUUCUGUUUUACCAGGACAGUACUCUUGCUUAAAACCCAGAGAUAUGAUUAAAGAAAAGUUAAUAAAAUGUACAGAAAUUGGAGGAUAUUCAUGCCCCAGGAAUAUGCACUGCUUAAGACCAUCAUUAAAUAAUCAUACAUAUUUAAUUAUUAUAGAGAGACAGGAUAACAAUGCUGUAUUAUUCUUAGGCUUACCAUAUGAUGUCUACAAUACUGUUUUUGUUGAUCAAUAUUUUCCUAGAAUGUGGUUAUUCUCAUUUUUCUCACCGACAGAGUUUGAAAAGUUACUUAGGUAUAUAUUUAUAUUUUCUAUGGGUAUCGGAUUUGUAAAUAUUGUGCCAUGCUAUGCCACUGAUGGACAUCAUAUUGCACGAAAUCUUAUUCAAAUGUUAGCUAAAACAUUAAACAAAAAUGGUGAUUUUGUUACAUUCUUCACAAUAUUUACUGUAUUUGUAGGAACAUGUAUAACACUACCAAUACUAGUUUAUUUAUUCUAUAAAGCUAUAUUUCUAGAUCACCUUGAAAACUAAUAAAAAGUAGAAAUAGAUUUUAUACUUGUAGAAAACUACACUUAUUAUUGCACAUAGUAUGACAUCAUAAGCAUGUAAAAGUGCUGUAGAUAAGAUAGACAUAAGCUGCAUUUAAAUUUUGUAAAUAACUAGCCUAGAAUAGAAUAUAUUUAGUAUUUAUGUAAUUUUUGUGUACAAAUGUAUUAUAAAUUUUAUGUACUAUUGGCUGAAA